AUGCUCGGCUCUUCGUCCGGGGGGGUCACCAGCCAGGACGUCCUCAAUUACGAGAUCUUCGAAGCCGCUGUCUACUGCUACGCGAUCGACUACAGGAAGGUGGACCCCCAGUUCGUGGACGAGUACGUGCGGGGAAAGCAUGCAAAGAACCUGAUGGCCAACUUCCAAAACUACGAAAGGUUCGUCUCGUCCAAGUACAUAUCUACCGUCGACACCCUGAGCGCCGCCGUUGAAGAAGGGGAACAGAGACGGAACGUCCAGGAGUACCUCGAGAUCAGGAACAGACCGGCUAAUGGCAUCAACUAUGCGUGGUGUGUCUUGGCAAAGUUGCUGGGCAUCGCUCCUGGGAACAUCGACAACACCGUGUUUGGAAGCUUCAGGUUGAUCGAUGGGGGUGCUGAAGAGGAGAGGGCGCUAAAAGUCUUCGACGAGGAAGACUUCAAGAUGCUCAGGUCUCUCGAGGUCCUAGAGACCCUCUAUCGACCUAAGACGUCUUUCGUGGGGAAGGACCUGUCGGCGGUGCGGAAGCGAAACGCCUCCAAGCUGUCCGUCACGGGUCCCCCCGUCCGUGCCAGCCGGUGGCCUCAAUCCGAGAUCGGUAAGGAUUCUGUCCCGACCCGCUCUGCUCCCGAGCGGGACAGUUGGAAACCAAACGUGGACGCAAGCCCGGCUUUCGCGACCUAA